AUGGCUCUCCGGACGCUCGCACGCAGCGCCCUCCGCUUCACCCCCUCCGCCCCCGCUGUCCGCCCCACGCCCCUCGCCACGCCGUCAAGGACACUCCGUCUUCUUCAGGAGCGGGCCAGCGGGAGCAGCAGGAGAAGCUUCUCGUCGUCGUCCCCGGUCCUCCGUGCCCCUGCUCCCAAUGCGACCGGCACGCACGCACACUCCCCCCUCGUGCCCAAGAAUGGGCAGGGGAUCAACAGGCCAGCGCAGAACAACCACCAGUUCUGGUACCGCGAGGUGUUCCCUUCGAUGAUUCCGAUCUUCGUCCUCUCCACUGCCAUCUUCCUCGCCCUGUCCCUAAUCCGGACACACCUGUCGCACAACAAGUCGCUCGAGGAGAGCCGGGAGAAGAUUGAGCAGCUUGAGAGCCAGCUCGCGCGCACUCGUCUCGAGCUCAAGCGCAGGCAGGAGCGCGAGCGCCGCGAGAGGGAACGCAUGCUCCCCCUCGUUGUUGAGCGGGUGCUGCAGCGCGUAGGCGCCAUGGAGGUCGAGCAGGAGGAGCCCGAGGUGGAGGAAGAGGACGUGCGUCUUGUUGUCUAG